AUGUCAGUUGCAAAACUCAAGGCCUCUGACACUACAGAUGUCAUGAGAACAGAAGACGGAAUAGAAACCAUAAUCAGACAAGCAAUUGGCAAAGAACCUCUCUUUUAUUUUCCAAGGGUCAGUGACAGCCCAGGACAGUUGAUUCCAUUUCUUCAUGCUUUUGAUCCGCAAGGUGUUGGCAAUGUUUUUUCAGAAUAUCCAGGCUGGCCUUUGCUCUAUCCUCUGAAGGUUCCGACAGAUAAAUGUGAGAAGUGUUCUCAAGAGUUCUGCUCCACUCUUAACUAUAGAAGACAUUUACCUGUGCAUCACCGAUUCAAAAAGCUUGAUAAGGAUACUUCAAAAACUAGGGAGCUUUUAGGGGCAUAUUGGGAUAAGCUCUCGGUAGAAGAGGUGAAGGAAGUUCUAUCGUUUGAAAAUGUGAUGCUGGAGGAAGUUCCUGGGUCUUCGGUUUUGCAUGCUUUGGUGACUCUUACUCAAAAACAAGGAUUAUUUUUUCUUCUUCCGUGUUAUCUGAGGGCCGGCGCUGCCCUAUUGGACAUUGUUCAAUCUAAACCUUCCAGUUUUCCUAUACCUUCCCAGGAGUUGUUCAGCAUCCUUGAUGAUGCUAGUGAAGGAACGUUUUUAUUGGGGACAACAGUGUCAAUGCAAAAAUCUGUUUUUCCUGAAGGGGCUGGAAAAAUUGGUCUUGAACCGAAAAAUGUAGUGGCUUGUUCAAGCUUCUUGCUAGAACAGAUAUUGGUUAAGGCAUGGCUUGCUGACAAGGAUGCUGAAGCACUGAGGUGCCAAAAGCAAUUGGUGGAUGAGGAAGAAGCUGCCCAUAAAAGACAAGCUAAGAUUUUGGAGAGGAAACGCCAGAAAAAGCUUAGGCAAAAAGAACAGAAGGCUAAGGAACAAAGAAACAAGGUUGAGGUAGAUACUGAAGGGAAUAUUUACAGUACAAUGAAGACUGUUUCACCAGCAGAAACAUCUUUGGAUACAUAUGAUGUUGAAGCUCAAAAUCCAGAGGUAGAUACUGAAGGGAAUAUUGACAGUACAAUGAAGACUGUUUCACCAGCAGAAACAUCUUUGGAUACAUAUGAUGUUGAAGCUCAAAAUCCAGAGGUAGAUACUGAAGGGAAUAUUGACAGUACAAUGAAGACUGUUUCACCAGCAGAAACAUCUUUGGAUACAUAUGAUUUUGAAGCUCAAAAUCCAGAGGUAGAUACUGAAGGGAAUAUUGACAGUACAAUGAAGACUGUUUCACCAGCAGAAACGUCUUUGGAUACAUAUGAUUUUGAAGCUCAAAAUCCAGAGGAGUCUGCAAAGAACGCUCCACCUGUACCUCUUCAAUCCCCUGACAUCAAUGAAGGAAAAAACGGGAAUACCCUGUCAGAACAUGAUUUUGGUGCUGAUCUGAAUAUUCGACAGUCACAACGUGAACUUGAUGAUCUUGCAAGAUGGCCCCAGCUUCCAAAAUUCUCCCAACGCACUGCCAGUGAUCAGCUUACAAAUAAGAAUCCUCCAAUUUCAAAUCCUGAAGUCAUUCAGAAAUAUGGAACCCGCGAUGAUCAGUGGGCAGAUGGUACAUUUAAUGCUGGUAAAGCAUGGCAUGGAAAGCUAAAACCUGAAAUUGACAGGAUGGUUUUAAAAACCGUAACAAAGACUGAACCAGACCUUGUAAAGAAUCAUGAAUUUUUGAUAGGAUCUAUAUCUGUCAAUCUUGCCAACUGCAGCCAAUCAGAGGGCAAUGUGGUGGCAUCUCAAGAAAAAUGUUUGGUUGAGAAUGCGGUGGCAAUUGAAGAAAAGAAUUUGAUUGAGAAUACGUCGGACAAGCAGAAUAGUUCUCAGAAUAAACCAAAGAAACCUGAUUUACGUACUAGUGAGAAUAAUCAGUCAAUUGUUGAGCCUUCCACAGCAGUUAUCCAGUUUGAAACUGAAGAUCCAUUUCCAGCUCAAAGUGGUGGCAUGGAAGAUGCUGCAGUUAAUAAAAAUCAAGUUUGUCGGAACCGAUCAAGGAUUUGUAGUGAUGAAAGUGGUUUUGAAAACAAAGUUUCCAAUACCGAGAGUAGAGUAGAUCCGGUAAAGCAAAAGUUUUCGAUUCAGACUGCUAGAGACUUUCUUGCAAAAAGAUGGGAAGAAGCUCUCUCAUCAGAUCAUGUGAAAUUGGUUAUUUCCCUCGACUCUGAACUUUCUGGGAACCAGGAAGCAAAAGAAGAAGACAUUCUGCUUUCAACCACCAAAGCUUCUAAAUCCAAAUGCAGAGGGAAGGCUAAAAAGGAAACCAACGACAAAGAGAAAACCACCUAA